AUGAUACCUCCCACUGUUGCUAUACCUCCCACUGUUGCUAUACCUCCCACUCCUGCUAUACCUCCCACUGUUGCUAUACCUCCCACUGUUGUUAUACCUCCCACUGUUACAAUACCUCCCACUGUUGCUAUACCUCCCACUGUUACAAUACCUCCCACUGUUGCUAUACCUCCCACUGUUACAAUACCUCCCACUGUUGCUAUACCUCCCACUGUUGUUAUACCUCCCACUGUUACAAUACCUCCCACUGUUGCUGUAGCUCCCACUGUUGUUAUGGUGCCCACUGUUGCUGUAGCUCCCACUGUUGUUAUGGUGCCCACUGUUGCUGUAGCUCCCACUGUUGUUAUGGUGCCCACUGUUGCUGUAGCUCCCACUGUUGUUAUGGUGCCCACUGUUGCUGUAGCUCCCACUGUUGUUAUGGUGCCCACUGUUGCUGUAGCUCCCACUGUUGUUAUGGUGCCCACUGUUGCUGUAGCUCCCACUGUUGUUAUGGUGCCCACUGUUGCUGUAGCUCCCACUGUUGUUAUGGUGCCCACUGUUGCUGUAGCUCCCACUGUUGUUAUGGUGCCCACUGUUGCUGUAGCUCCCACUGUUGUUAUGGUGCCCACUGUUGCUGUAGCUCCCACUGUUGCUAUGGGUCCCACUGCUACUAUACCUUCCUCUGUUGAUAUACCUCCCACUAUUUUUAUGGCUCCCACUGUUGCUGUAGCUCCCACUGUUGUUAUGGUGCCCACUGUUGCUGUAGCUUCCACUGUUGUUAUGGUGCCCACUGUUGCUGUAGCUCCCACUGUUGUUAUGGUGCCCACUGUUGCUGUAGCUCCCACUGUUGCUAUGGGUCCCACUGCUACUAUACCUUCCUCUGUUGAUAUACCUCCCACUAUUUUUAUGGCUCCCACUGUUGCUGUAGCUCCCACUGUUGUUAUGGUGCCCACUGUUGCUGUAGCUCCCACUGUUGCUAUGGGUCCCACUGCUACUAUACCUUCCUCUGUUGAUAUACCUCCCACUAUUUUUAUGGCUCCCACUGUUGCUGUAGCUCCCACUGUUGUUAUGGUGCCCACUGUUGCUGUAGCUCCCACUGUUGCUAUGGCUCCCACGGUUGUUAUGGCUCCAACUGUUGCUAUACCUCCCACUGUUGCUAUACCUCCCACUGUUGCUUUACAUUCCACUGUUGCUUUACAUUCCACUGUGCUUCUUAAUCUCCUUCACUGUGACUACGAGGUCAUCCCAUAUCACCUGACCUUUGACCCCUCACAUCUGGUGUCCACACUGGUUCUUCUGCCAAGACCUCUUGAAAUCACAAGCACAAUUAAAUCAUUGGAAUACAAUUCAUCUAUGAGUAGAUUUUAG